AUGAAGAACAAAAAGAAGGCAAUCCAACUGAUGAAGGAUAUACUGCACAAGAGACGUAAUUCAACUGAAAAGAAAGGCGAUUUUCUUGAUCAAGUCAUAGAAGACAUGAAAACAAUGGAAUUUAUAACGGAAGAUUUUGUUGUUUAUUUCAUAUUUGCAAUAUUACUUGCCAGUUUUGUCUCCAUUUCUACAGCUCUCACUUUAUCGUUUACACUGUUGACGGACCACCCUGCCGUGGUGACUGAAUUACUGGAAGAACAAGAUAAUUUGGCUAAAAGCAAAGACAAUUCUGAUUCUCCACUUACAUGGAAUGAAUAUAAGUCAAUGACUUUCAUGACUCAGGUUAUUCAUGAAACACUAAGGAUGUCUAAUAUGCUUCCUGGGAUGUUAAGAAAGGUUAUUAAAGAUGUUCACGUAAAUGGGUACACAAUUCCAAAAGGAUGGACAAUUAUGCUAGUUCCUUCUGCUAUUCAUAUGAAUCCUAAAAAAUUUCCAGAUCCACAUACCUUUAAUCCCUGGAGAUGGAGUGACAUCGGCGGUACAAAUGCACCGUCGAUAGAUUAUAUUCCAUUUGGUGGAGGGUUGAGACAUUGUGUAGGAGCUGAGUUUAGCAAGACAGUGAUGGCUAUAUUCAUUCGUGCUCUGAUCACUAAGUUCAGUUGGACAAAAAUAAGAGGAAAUGCUUACCGUAACCCUGCUUUAUCUUUCGGAAGCGGUUUCCACGUUAAGAUCUCUGAAAAGGAUCAGAUCAAGAACUAA